GGUUCUUUAAUGUCAUUAUAGGCCAGGAUUAAAAUGCAACACUAUGUGACAGAACUGCUGUAUUCACUAUCCUCUGUGUGCACUUUGAAAUGUUUCAUGUCUCUUCUCUAUCUCCAGGUGUGCAAUUGUUGCUUAUCCUGUUUUUAUUGUUAUUAUUUCCCAUCAGACUGUUUGCAACUUUAAGGCCUUUUAAGCAGAUACAUCCAGGACAAUCGGACAAAGACCGUGUUUUAGCACAGCAGAUAUUCAGGAUAACCAAGGCGUUCCCAUGCCCUGCUGUGUCAGAAGGCCCCUUACAGAUGCACAAGACAGAUGUGAUAUAUAUAGUUAUUCUGCUUCAUCAUGAUGAGUAAUGAUAACUCCAAACACCAGUGACCUGCGGCACUCAUUCAGGGAAGGGAACAGCACAUAAGGAUGAAGGGGAAACCUACAGCAAUGCUUCUCCUGGAUUGACCAACAGCCAGUCUGUUUGUCCCAGGCUGGACAUCUCGGCAGUGCCCCAGCCGACGCACUCGGAUGACACGGAUGCCCACUCCAGUGGGAAUGACUCGGCCGAGAGGGAGAGCGAAGGACACAUGGGACGAGAAGCAUCCACCUGCAGCUCCCACAAUGGAAAGGGUUCAACCACAGAGACUACGGAAAGCAAGAGCUCAAACGGAAACAGUCCCUCCCCUCCUAGCAGCUCGGUUUCAUUCAGUCUUUUGAGUGGCAGCUCGGAGCAGGAUCAGCCGACAUCCCAAGCACCCAGCGGUGACCAGCCGGCCCGACUGGAGACCCAGAGAGAGCUGCUGAAGGCCCUGCGUGAGCUAAAGGUCCGCAUGCCGCCAGAAUGGCACAGGAAGGGGCGAUCAAGCACCCUAGCCUCCUUGCAAUACGCACUUAGCUGUGUCAAACAAGUCCGGGCUAAUCAGGAGUACUACCAUCAGUGGAGCGUGGAAGAGAGUCAUGGGUGUUGUUUGGACCUGUCGUCGUUUACCAUCGAAGAGCUAGACAACAUUACAUCAGAGUACACCCUUCAAAACACGGACAUGUUCUCUGUGGCAGUGUCGUUCCUCUCUGGUAAAGUGGUGUACAUCUCAUCCCAGGCGGCCCCUCUGCUGCGCUGUAAACCCGAGAGGCUGCAGGGAGCAGUUUUUUCGGAGCUGCUCGCAUCUCAGGACAUCAGCACAUUUUACAGCAGUACCGCUCCCUGUCACCUGCCGCCGUGGUCCUCCUGCGCAGGCACUACCUCACAGGUGGAUUGUGCCGAGGAAAAGUCGAUGUUUUGUCGGAUCAGCAGAGGUAGGGACAGCGAUGGAGAAGUGAAGUAUUACCCCUUCCGUCUCACGCCAUAUCAGCUGACCCUGAGGGACUCCGACACGUCCCAACCUGAGCCCUGCUGCCUCCUCAUCGCUGAGAGAGUUCACUCUGGCUACGAGGCACCUCGCAUCCCAGCAGACAAGAGAAUUUUUACCACCAGUCACACCCCAAACUGUCUGUUCCAAGAGAUCGAUGAAAGGGCAGUGCCAUUAUUAGGUUACUUGCCUCAGGACUUGGUUGGGAAGCCAGUGCUUAUUUACCUGCAUCCAGAAGACAGACUCCUUAUGGUGGCCACCCACAAAAAACUUCUCCAGUUUGCACGGCAGCCGUUCGACCACUCGCCCCUGCGCAUGCGUGCACGAAGUGGGGAGUACUUGACCCUCGACACCAGCUGGUCAUCCUUUAUCAACCCCUGGAGCAGGAAGGUGGCUUUCAUAGUGGGACGCCACAAAGUUCGAACGAGUCCACUGAAUGAGGAUGUGUUCACUGCCCUGGAGGGCGGGGAUGUGAGAACCAUGUCCCCAGAUGUGCCACAGCUGAAUGAGCUGAUCCACAGGGUCCUGGUGCAGCCCGUUCAUGCCAGCAACUCACUGGGCUACGGCAGCCUGGGCAGCAGUGGCUCGAACGAGCACCAGCAAAGCGCCACUUCCUCCUCUGAGAGCAACGGACAUGCUUCCGAGGACCAGUUCAAGCCCAGGAAACCAAUGACGUUUGAGCAGAUUUGUCAAGACAUGCACAUGGUAAAGGCCAACGGACAGCAGGUCUUCAUUGAUUCCCGAAACCGGCCGCCAGCUCUCAAACAGAGUAGCUUAGAAGCGCUGGCAAAUGCAGCAGACACAGCAGAGACCUCUGCUAGAGAAGAUCUGGCAAGUUUAGCGCUGUCCAGUCCACCCAGGAAGGAGCUGCCCAUUGUCUACUCAUACCAGCAGAUCAACUGUCUGGACAGCAUCAUACGAUAUCUGGAGAGCUUUAAUGUCCCAGGUACAGUGAAGAGGAAGUGUGGCUCAUCAUCCUGUACAACAUCUUCUACCUGUGAUGAUGAUAAACAAAGGGAAGGAGCUGGAGCAACUGAAGACAUAGCAGAGACUCUUGUGGUGACCGAGGGUUCAAAGGUUGUCCCUGCAGCACCAGCGCACCCCCUAACCCCUCUGGCUCUGCACUGUAAGGCUGAAAGUGUUGCCUCGGCCACCUCCCAGUGUAGUUUUAGCAGCACCAUUGUUCACGCUGGUGACAAGAAGCCACCUGAAUCAGACAUUGUUAUGAUGGAGGAGCCGCCAACCACCCCAACACCUUCCACAUCAGCCCCACCCACCUCCAUCACUUCUUCCAUGCCUGUGAAUCCCCAGCAGGCCAUGUCCCCCACUGCUGCUGUUCCUGUAAAAGAAAAGGAGAAGGAGAGAAGAAGUGGAGGUAAUGCCGGGAAGGGCCUCACGAAGGCGGUGUUAUCUGCACAUACCCAGCAAGAAGAACAAGCCUUCCUCAACCGUUUCAGAGACAUCAGCCAUCUGUGGAUGGUUCAACCCAGUGGGCCACCACAGCGCAGACACACGUCUACACCUGGCGCAAAAGGAGUGAACUGCUGCCAGAACUAUCCUUCAGUGGGCAACAGCAGCAGUCGUCGGCAUGGUAGAGGUGGGAAAAGACGGAAACACCAAGUAGAUGGCAACACACCGGACAGUCCUUCCCCCUCUGGACCUAGUCCCUAUAGAGGAUCCAAUCCUGCAGCAGUAAGACCCAACCUCCCCUCAGUCCAGCAGUCUUCCACUUCUUGGCCACCAUCUGCAGCAUCCCAGACUAGCGGUACUCCCAUGAUGACCUCCUUUCCCCCAGGCUACAUGCCUAUGUUCCCCAUUUCAUCACCUUUCUCAAUGCCCCAGAUGGGAACAGAUCCUUCCUUGCAAGCAGGAGUCCCUAGAUUCCCCAUGCAAGGCUUUACUUCAGUGAUGCCACCAGUCAUGACCUUCAUGUUGCCAAACUAUAUGUUUCCACAACUCGGUUAUCCAGGACCACAGUUGAACCCAGCCAACUCGCAGCUCGGUGGGCAACUGCUUGCCCAAAUGAACCCCUUGGGUCAGUUCCCUUCCUCUGCUGUUGGUUUACCAUCGUUCAAUCCUGCAAUGGGACAGUUCAAUCCAUUGGGCUCCCAAAUGAAUCCUGCCAUGCCUACAAUGAUUCCCCAGCAAUUCUACAACCCAAAUCCCCUGUACGCUAUCCCCAACUCUCAAUCAAUGCCUGCAGGAAACACCAAUACUGUGCCACAUGGUCAGUCUCGCUCCAGCACACCCCAGUCUACUGGGCAACAGGCUGGCGAGAGAGAAGGGGCAGGAUCUCCCCUGUUUCAAUCCCGAUGCUCCUCCCCUCUCAAUCUUUUACAACUUGAGGAAUUGCAAAGCAACAGAACAGACACUAUGCAACAGACUCCACCCCCAGGGAGUGGAGGAACGCAAGGGGGCGGGACUGUGGUGCAAAUUUCCAGCAAUCGCAGCAACACUAAAGAUGGCCAACUCGAUGACAGUCCUGAAGUCAAUGAGUCCAACCAGGAUGCCAUGUCGACCUCCAGUGACAUGCUGGACUUACUGCUGCAAGAGGACUCCCGCUCGGGCACUGGCUCUGCCGCCUCAGGCUCUGGAUCAUCAGGAUCAGGGUCAGGGUCAGGGUCAUUUGGAUCUGGUUCGAAUGGGUGUAGCACAUCUGGAAGUGGCACUAGGAGCAGCAAUACUAGCAAGUACUUUGGAAGCAUUGACUCAUCAGAGAAUGAUCACAAUCAUAAACCAGCAUCUAAAGAUCUGGGAGGGGAACAGUUCAUAAAGUUUGUCCUGCAGGACCCCAUCUGGCUCCUCAUGGCAAACACAGAUGACAAAGUCAUGAUGACAUACCAGAUUCCCAUCAAAGACAGAGAAUCAGUACUGAAAGAAGACCGAGAUGCCCUCAAAGCUGUUCAGAAGCAUCAACCUCACUUCACUGAAGAGCAGAAGAAAGAGUUAACGCAGGUCCACCCCUGGUUUCAAACCGGCUGUCUACCAAAGGCCAUCAAUGUUACAUCUUGCACAGGAUGUGAAUCUCCCCCAGAUUCCUCGAUUCCUACUCCAUUCGAUUUGGACUUUCAUGAGAUGGAUCUCAGUAUGGUUUUGAGAGAGGAGGCAAAACAACAAGAUACAUUUAUCACUGCUGAAACAGCCUUUCCCUUGAGCCCACCUUCAUCUGAUAAUGAGCAGAGAGACAAUGAGGCCAGCGCAAGCACAUAGUAGUGGGCCAUGGAGGAGGUGGAAGUGACAUCAUGAGUGAAGGUGAGGCGGGACUGUUCCUGUGUUCCUGCCUCAUAGAAUUUUGGGACCAAGUUGAAAGUGUGGAAUGUUUCUAAUCAGUAUCAAUGGCUCAUUUUGACAUAAUUCUUUGAAAUUAUGAAUAAUUUGUAGCUUCAUAACCAGGCCUCUGAAUAAUAAAAGAAGAAGGGAAUAAAAAAACUUCCUUUCAUUUUCGUAGCUUAAAGGAGCACCUUUUGAAUGUCAACCUAUUGCACAUGGUGGAUGUUGUUGUUGUUGUUGCACUAUGUUCUGCUUCCAAGUUAUUCAUGAAUCUGCAUGGCAUUAUCUAUCCCAUGCACUGUUUCAUAAUUAUUCAUCUUCUUAAUCUUAAUUAUUCAUUAUUCAUCAUAUUCCCUAUAACAGGUUUAUAGAAUUAUUAACAGCUGGACAAGGAAUUUACUAUUUAACUUCGCAUAAGUUAGAUGUGGUCUGACAGUUUUUUUUUAAAGACACCCUUUCCAGUAUGAGUUUCUAGCCUGUGUCAUUUUUCGAAACUGUUCCACACAGUUCCCGGAAAUUGUGGAUGGGAAAAAUAGGUUCCAGUCUGACCCUAAAAGCUUGCUGGUCUGUAACCAGGAACCCUGUGAUGGGGAAGUGUUGACGUCUUUGACAAUCUCAUUGAGCAAUGUAAUAACGUUGGUUUUCAGUCGGUUGAUUUUCAUUUUGUUUCUCCUUGCCAAGACCUGGGUCUGCCACCAGAACACAAAAUAUUUUGGUUGAAAAGAAGUCAUUUUCUGGACAAAUUGCCAAAACAUUGCAAGUCGUUGUCCGAUUGUACAUGUUUUUUGAGUUACUGUAAUUGUAACUAACCUCAGUACUCAAGGGGGUGAGUUACCUUCAAAUGUCCAUUUUAUAUGUUGUGUUUUUGAAUUGACGUUCAGACAUUCAAAAUGCAUUUAAGAUUUCCUGCUAAAAAGCCUUUAUGUUGACGUUGCACUAAUGUUGAGUAUAUUUUAUUUUCAAUCCAUGGUGCCAGCAUCACAAACCCCAUUCUUUUCUAGUAGUGUUAAAACAUUUAUUUAUUUGUUUAUAUCCAAAUAUUUAUAUCCAGAUAUGGCUUUUAAAAAAAAGAAUGUAUUUUGAUGUGUGCAGUUUUGAAUCACUACACACAUUUUAAGGAGCUUUUGAUACUAUUAAAUCCAUAAAAUGGAAAUAAUUGGCUGUCAGAGAAUUUUACUCUGUUGUUCAUUUGCCCUUAUUUUCAAGAGCGAUACAAUUAUAUCUUAAAACCAUCCAGAUUAGCUUGACAUUCCUUUUGUUUCACUGUAUUGUCCAUUGAAGCACAAGGAUACUAUUUUUAGCAUCUAGUGUCUUUUUUAGUUCCACAACAAAUGCAGGACUGCAUUAUUCACAAACCCAGUUUAGGGUUUAAAAAAACAAGUUUUUCUGUUGCCCUCAGAUUUAUUUGCGAGGGUUUUUCAAAAGCUUUUCUGUGAAAGCAGACAGGCCCAAUCAGUUUUCAUGCAGUACUGUUCUGCUGAAUGUGCAGGAAUUGUAAAUUGAUUUUGUACAUUUGCAAGACCUUGAGUCAGUCUUUUUUUACUUAAACAUGCUUGUAAAUUGUAUUUUUUUUUUUUGCUUUGAACCUAAAUAAAUAUGUUUUUAGUAAUCUGUUUUGGCAACCUGUGAGUUUUUCUUAAUUAACUUGACUGAU